AUGGAACCAAAUAUAAAUAAUAUGAAUAAUGUUGGUAGUCACCAACAAGAUGUCUAUAAUAAUAAUAAUGGAGAUGGAUCAUCUUCUAGUUCAACGUCAACCUCUACAACACCUAUCAAUAAUAGUGGUAGUAAAGCUUCAUCGGCAACAACAGAAGAAGAUUAUAUAUUGUCUAUAGAUGUAGGGACGACCAAUAUUCGAGCCAUUAUAUUUGACAAACAACUCAAUAUCAUAGCAAAGAGCAUAGAGAAUAUACCACUCAUUAUCGAUCAGAAUCGUCCAGGUGCCCGAUUGGCUUGGGUGCUCGAGAAUAUAGAAGAGGCACGUGUCGCUGCCAAAGAAAAGAAUAUGUUGUUUGGCACGAUUGACACGUGGCUGUUGUGGAACCUGACGGGUGGCAAGGCGCAUUGUACAGACUAUAGUAACAUUAGUACGACCAGUUUGUACGACCCCUACGAGAUGAAGUUUAACAGCGUCAUCCAAUACCUCUUCAACAUACCACAGCACAUCAUGCCCAAGGUAUGCGACACUGCCUUCCACUAUGGCGACACGCUGCCCGAGCUCUUUGGCCGCGCCAUCCCCAUCACCGCCAUGGCAGGCGACCAGCAGUCAGCCAUGUUUGGACAGUGUUGCUUCAAAACAGGCGACACCAAGGUGACCAUCGGCACAGGCUGCUUUGUAGAUAUCAACACGGGUCGUCAGGCACGUGCUUCGCGUACCGGUAUGUAUCCGCUGAUUGGAUGGAAGAUCAAAGACGACAUUGCCUAUCUCAUGGAGGGAAAGGGUAUGGCUGCGGGAACUGCAGUCGACUGGGCGUGCCAGUUUGGUAUGUUUGAACAUGUAGCUCAGACAUCUGGCCUCGCCUCGUCGGUUCCACACUCCCAAGGCGUUGUUUUUGUGCCCGCCUUUACCGGCUUGGCACCGCCACAAAACGAUCCGACUGCCCGUGGCCUGCUCAUUGGCAUGACGCCGUCGACAAAGCGCGAGCACGUCGUUCGAGCACUCCUCGAAGCGCUUGGGUACCGCGCCAAAGAGAUCAUCGACGGACUCGUGUUGGACAACCACACGACCAUCUCCAAGAUUGUCGCCGAUGGUGGUGUCUGUCAAAACGACUUUGUCAUGCAGUUCUCGGCCGAUAUGGUCGGACGUCCCAUCGACCGUGCCGACCAGCACGAAAUGACUGCCGCCGGUGCAUGCAUGCUUGCCGGUCUCGGACACGGUCUCUGGAAGACCAAAGAAGAACUCAUCCCACUCCGCAAGACAUCCCGUCUCUUUGAAAGCCGCAUGAACAAGGACAAUAGAAAGAAACUAUUCAGACGUUGGCAACGUGCCGUCCAGCGAUCAAUGCACUGGGCAUCCUCCGAGGAUGUCCACGGUGACAAUGACGAUGGAUUUGGUCAAGAUUCAGACUUGGAUACAAGUACAUCUCAGCAUUCUAGUACCGGUAGUUAUAAUGGUGUUUUAAAUUCAGCUUCCACCUCCUCAAUCUCCUCACUUGACAAUGAGAAUAAAAAAUAA